UCAAAUUUCAAUUCCCAGUUCGCCGGAAACUGCCAUGACUCGCUUGGCCGCCGUCCUCCUCCUCUUCCUCGUCUCCCUCUCUUCUUCCGCCACCAGCACCCGCGACCUCACCGGAGGCGUCUUGCGUUUGCCGUCGGAAACCUCGAGAUUUUUCCGGCCCGGCGACGAUCAGCAGGGCGAAGGCACCGUCGGCACGCGGUGGGCCGUUUUGAUCGCCGGUUCCAAUGGAUACUGGAAUUACAGGCAUCAGGCUGAUAUAUGCCACGCGUAUCAAUUAUUGAAGAAAGGUGGGCUGAAAGAUGAGAAUAUAAUUGUGUUUAUGUAUGAUGAUAUUGCUUACAAUGAAGAAAACCCUAGGCAAGGAGUCAUCAUCAACAGUCCUCAUGGUGAUGAUGUUUAUAAAGGAGUCCCCAAGGAUUACACUGGUGAAGAGGUUACUGUUAAUAACUUCUUUGCUGCAAUUCUUGGAAAUAAAAGUGCUAUUGCAGGGGGUAGUGGGAAGGUCGUGGACAGUGGUCCGAAUGAUCAUAUCUUCAUAUAUUAUUCCGAUCAUGGCGGUCCUGGAGUUCUUGGGAUGCCUACCAGUCCUUAUAUUUAUGCUGACAGCCUCAUAGAAGUCCUGAAGAAGAAGCAUGCUGCAGGAACAUAUGAAAGCUUGGUAUUUUAUCUUGAAGCUUGUGAAUCCGGAAGUAUCUUUGAGGGUCUUCUUCCUGAAGGUUUGAAUAUCUUUGCAACCACAGCAUCAAAUGCAGAAGAGAGCAGUUGGGGGACUUACUGCCCAGGAGAGUAUCCUAGUCCUCCCCCAGAAUAUGAAACCUGUUUGGGUGACUUGUAUAGUGUUGCUUGGAUGGAAGAUAGUGACAUUCACAACCUGAGGUCAGAGACUUUACACCAGCAGUAUGAAUUGGUCAAAUCAAGGACUGCAAGUGAGAAUUCUGCUUAUGGAUCUCAUGUCAUGCAAUAUGGUGAUAUACCGCUUAGCAAGAACAACCUCUUUGUGUAUAUGGGGACAAAUCCUGCAAAUGAUAACUACACUUUCAUGCCUCAGAACUUCCUGAGGCCAUCUUCAAAAGCUGUCAACCAGAGGGAUGCUGAUCUUGUCCACUUCUGGCAUAAGUAUCGCAAGGCUCCUGAAGGCUCACCAAGGAAAGCUCAAGCCCAAAAAGAAUUUCUCGAAGCAAUGUCUCACAGAAUGCAUAUAGAUGAAAGCAUGAAACUUAUUGGAAAACUUCUGUUUGGAAUAAAAAAAGGUCCAGAGGUCCUCAGCGCUGUACGACCUGCUGGACAGCCACUUGUUGAUGACUGGGACUGCCUUAAGACAAUGGUGAGGAAUUUUGAGACAUAUUGCGGAUCUUUAUCUCAAUACGGGAUGAAACACAUGCGGUCAUUGGCAAACAUCUGCAAUGCUGGAAUGACAAAGGAGCAGAUGACCGAGGCUUCAGCACAAGCCUGUGUCAAUGUUCCUUCUGGCCGAUGGAGCUCUCUGCACAGGGGAUUCAGUGCAUAAUUUCAUCCAAAAUCUGGAAUACGAAUUACCAGUAUCUGGUGGUCGUUCUAUAUACAAACCUGUCUCGGGACGCAGUUCCAAUGAUUGUGAUUGCGAUUACAUGGUGAAGUCUCUGUGAAUAUGACUCAAGCUCCAGUCCUAAUUCCUAAAGGCAUUGUAUAUAUGAAGCUUGCCUACAAUUAGAACUUCUGUUUGUGUAUGAAAAUCACCGUAUGUCCCAGUAUUUGGUUAUAAAAGUUUGGCUUGUUGAUUCCA